AUGGGUUUGCAGGGUGCAGCAGGGGAAUCGAUCGACCUCACCACUGGGAAGGACAAUGAAGGGGGAAAAAAUGGCCACAAAAAAGGGGAUAAAAAAGGUGAUCAAAAAGGUGGUGAAAAAGGCCAUCAAAAAGGAGGUCAAGAAGGUGGCCAAAAAGGUGAUCCAGAAGGCCAUCAAAAAGGCGGCCAAAAAGACGGUCAAAAAGACGGUCAUAAAAAUGGCCGCAACAACGAAGCGAAGGUCGCGCAGGGAAUGAGGGAAAACUCGAGGCAGAGACACAAAGUGAAGCGACUCGGGACAACCACCACAAGCAUGCCAAAUGAAACUCACAUUAGAGAAAAGACAAAGAAACACUACCUGGACAACGUCGACAAGACACUACAAAAAAGCAACAUUGACUGCGUAAGUUACGUGUACAAAAAUAUGAACGAUCAGACGACUUCAAAAAAUAUGAACAGGUGUGUCAAAUUUGGUGGGGGAGAAGAUCGAGUAGAUGCAGUUCGUCAAAUGUUGCUCUUGGAAAAACGGCCAAAAAAAAAUGUGAUAAUUGGAGCCAGUCGUAGUAGCGGCGCAGCCACUGGAGGUGAUGGUCCUUGUGCCAAGGACGACGAGACCGUCCAGUCGAUUAUCUACUCCACUUUCAUCAACACAACGUUGAGACAACCUCACAACCACGCAGCCGAUAAGGUGAAUAAACCCCCAAAGGGGGAAAUAACCAAACGAGCACCAGAAGGGAAGAAUAAAAAGGAAAAUUAUAUCAUUAGUGGAAAAAAAUUUUAUGCCAAACCAAGUGAAGUCAACCCCACUGGAACAAGUCAGACAGUAGAUGCGUACAUACAAAAUCUUACAUCACCAGUGAAGAAAAUUUUGUGCAGCGAUAAAAGCAUACAAAUAACAGAAUCCAAUCAAGAACUAAAGAAUUUGACGAAUGAUGGUACCUUUUUAUAUGAACAAAUCAUAUCAGAGAGAGAGAGAAAAAAAAAAGUGAGUUACACUCAAACAAGUCCCAUCUACCAGGAAGAAGAAAUAAAAAGAUUUUCAAAAUAUAUGACCAAACAAAUUGUGAACGAAGCUACCAUUCAGCUUACCUAUGAGGAAAAUGUUAAGGCAAUGGAGCACAAGAAAACGGAUGUGCAAUUGAACCACGAGCAGAAUGUACAAACGUAUUCGCACCUCACUGAUUUUCAGCGGGACAAUUUGGGGGUCAUGGCUGACGGGGCCGAGCUCUCCAGGUGCCUCCACAUCUUCAACAAAAUAAACACCUUCGGGUUAUCCGGGAGUCUUAUAAAUUCCAUUGUGAGGAAAAAUGUCCAAGAGGUGAAGGAGCAGAACCACGGACAGAACAAUCGAAGCCAAAUCGAAUGGCGUAAUCAAGUCACAAAACAUUUGCUCAAAAACACCAUCGCCUUUAUAGCCACGGAAAAGAUCGUGUCCUAUAUCGCGGAAGAACUCCUCGAGGACUGCAUUUUAAAAUUCUUCCGCAAGGAUAAAAGGGAGGUGGACACACUAAUUGCCAACAUGGAGGAUCAUAACAUUUCACUCUACGAACGGAGACGAAUGGAGGGAGGCCAUUUCAAUUUCGUCCUUUCGAAUGGAAACCUAAACAUGAACAUUCCCGUUCGUGUGAAGAAGCACAUGAGCCUGGAAGACCUCUUGCGGAUGAUAAAAAAUCGCAUUAAAAAAAAACAAAACUUUUUACUCAAAGAAUACAAGCUCGACUUCCUGUGCAUACGGGACGGCACCCGCAACAUCGCGAGCAUCCACGAGCUGUUGUCCUCCGAGUCCAACCACUUCACCAUCUGCUUAAACAACAAGGAAGGGGAGGUCAUACCAACUGGGUAG